AAUCGUUCUGACUUGCCAAGAUCUGUAGCCUCUUCUGCUCUCAUCGUCCCAGUCAUAGUCUCGAAAUGCUAGCAGUCCAAGCCCCAUCAAUACCUAUACCGCUGCCAUCACCGGUCCCAUUCCCGGAGACGAGCGAGAUCUUGCCUACGGACGUUCCCGUGGAUGCCAACGAUCACUGUCCGGGCACCGAGUCCACGCUGGCGGGCAAGACAGACGCAUGUGAAGGAUGUCCUAACCAAUCGGUCUGUGCCGAAGGACCUAAAGGACCUGACCCCGAUCUCCCCCUGAUCAGAGAGAGACUGUCGGGCGUACAGAGGAAGAUCUUGGUGCUCAGUGGGAAGGGAGGUGUGGGGAAGAGUACGUUUACAGCGGGCUUGAGUUGGGCUUUGGCGGCCGAUGAGGAUCUGCACACCGGAAUCAUGGAUAUCGAUAUCUGCGGCCCCUCCAUCCCUCUCCUGACCGGUCUCGAAAAUUCCACCAUUCACACCUCCGCUCAAGGUUGGUCCCCCGUCUACGCGCUCCCCAACCUGUCCGUCAUGUCCAUCGGUUUCCUCCUCCCCUCCAAAUCCGACGCCGUCAUCUGGCGUGGCCCGAAGAAGAACGGUCUGAUCAAACAGUUUCUCAAAGACGUCGACUGGGGCGAACUGGACUACCUGGUCGUGGAUACGCCUCCGGGGACGUCGGACGAGCAUCUGAGCAUCGUCCAGUACAUGAAAGAGACCGGGAUCGAUGGAGCUGUGAUUGUCACCACACCACAAGAGGUCGCUCUGCAGGACGUGAGGAAGGAGAUCGACUUUUGCCGUAAAGUCGGGAUACCCAUCUUGGGGGUCGUGGAGAACAUGUCCGGGUUCGUCUGUCCUUCGUGUAAGAACGAAUCACAGAUCUUCAAACCUACCACGGGGGGAGCGACCAAGAUGGUAGAAGAGCUCGGGUUGGAGUUGUUGGGAAAAGUGCCGUUGGACCCGAGGAUCGGAGCGAGUUGUGACGAGGGAAAGAGCUUCUUGGACGAGUACCCGGAUAGUCCGGCUACGGGGGCUUAUCUAGAUAUCGUACAACGUAUACGAGAGCUGCUGGGAGACGCCUAGGUUCCCACAAGCUUUAGUUUCUGCCCAUAACAAGCUUUUCAUUGUAUCUCAUCACAACCAACCUCUAUAACACAUCAACCCGCAUGCACAUAGGAAGAGCUCUCGACAGCCAUUGAUGUCGACGUUUACGACAGAAUGGCGCAAUCGACAAGGCAAGAGAAGGUCCGCCAUAUGACGCAAUGUCAGACAGUGGUAUGGACUAGGCUUGUGAAGAGGAUUUCGCGAUCGUUCUUGCCCCUCACACAAUCUUGCCAGGGCCAAUCUCGCCAGAAACCGGCCCCCCACUCCAUGCCUGCAGGCUAUCCACUGUAGCUGUACAUACGCAGCCAGGCCGAUACUUUGUCGGCGCUGCCGACAGGCUGACUCAAUCUGAUAAGCAUGC